GGCCCUCGAUGGGCACGCCCGGUUCAAUUUUCCGCCCGAAAUCCAAAUUGGAGCAGCAAGGCACCAACCCAGGCCACCCCAAGAACAACUCGGUUUGGUGCAAAUUUCAGAUCAACUGAAAAAGAGGGGGAAAGCUGAAAAGGGCAGAAAACCCGGCUUGCUAAGGGGAGCAGAUUGAGAAGCUGGAAGUCUACUUAUGCAAUGAAUUACGAGGGAAAUGGUAGAGAAUGGAAGUCGUGAGAAGGAGACUUGUUUCUCCAGGGUCAUCACUUCGUUGGAGCCAUACAACGAUUUUCACUCCAAGACCUUAUUCAACUGUUGCUUCACCGCAAACCCUUUAUUCAGUAUCAGAUGAUCAAAAACUUUUUCGCAUUCUUGAAUCAUGCAAGUUAAGCCCUGAUUUUAGAACUGCAGUUUCUGUGCACGGUAAAAUCAUUAAACAUGGGUAUGGAACAUGCCCAUUACUGUUAUCGAUGUUGACAAAGGUGUAUGUAGCUUGUGAGAAACCCAACCUUGCUCGCCAACUACUCAGUGAUGUCUGCUUUUUGAAUUGUGAUGUGGUCUCUGCCAAUCUGUUGAUCGAUAGUUUCAUGAAGGCUGGGGAAAUUGAUGUUGCCAAGAAAGUAUUUUCAGCAUUACCUGCACGAGAUGUGGUCACAUGGAACUCGACAAUUGGUGGUUGUGUCAAAAAUGGAUUCUUUCUGGAGGCAAUAGGCAUGUUCAAGGAGAUGUUAAGGACAAAAUUUGAACCGGAUGGGUUUACUUUUUCUUCCGUCAUAACUGCAUGUUCAAGGCUUGGAGCGCUUAAUCAUGGAAAGUGGGUGCAUGGCUUAAUGAUAGAGAAAAAAAUCAAACUAAAUUAUAUAUUGUCGUCUGCCCUAGUAGACAUGUACUCAAGAUGCGGAAGAAUUGAAACAGCAAAAUCUAUAUUUGAUGCUGCUCAAAGAACUAAUAAUGUUUCCAUAUGGAAUGCAAUGAUAAAUGGGUUGGCAAUGCAUGGUCUUGCUGUCGAUGCAAUUUCGAUGUUCAAAGCCAUGGAAGGGGAUAAUGUUUCACCUGAUGCAGUAACCUUCAUUGGUCUUCUCACAGCAUGUAGCCACUGUGGUUUUGUAGAACAGGGUCGCAAGUAUUUUAAUCUAAUGAAAAAUGAUUACUCAAUUCAGCCGCAACUUGAGCAUUACGGAGCAAUGGUUGACCUCUUUGCAAGAGCAGGACUUCUAGAAGAAGCUUAUGCAAUGAUUAACAAAAUGCCAAUGGAGCCUGAUGUUGUUAUAUGGAGGACGCUUCUUAGUGCUUGUAGAACUCUCAAAAAUCCUGAGUUGGGCGAAGAAGUUGUUGCAAAAAUAAAGCAUCUUGGUAGUGGGGAUUAUGUUUUGUUGUCGAAUACUUACUGCUCGACUAAGAAAUGGGAUAAUGCAGAAACGGUGAGAUGGUCUAUGCACAAGAAGGGAGUUCGUAAGAGUACUGGCAAGAGUUGGGUUGAAUUGCAUGGUGACAUCCACCACUUCAGGGCGGGUGAUAGGUCGCACCCUGAAACUGAAGCAAUCCACAAAUUAUUAGAAGCUUUAAUCCAUCGCACUAAAAUGGAAGGUUAUGUCUCCUCACCUGACUUAGUUUUGAUGGAUAUAUCAGAAGAAGAAAAGGAGGAAAACUUGAACUAUCACAGCGAAAAAUUGGCCUUGGCAUUUGGGAUCCUGAAAUCCAGUCCUGGAACUGAAAUUCCAAUUUCCAAAAACCUGCGUACUUGUGUUGAUUGCCACUGUUGGAUGAAAAUCGUGUCUAAGGUAUUACAUAGGGUAAUAACAGUGAGGGAUAGGAUUCGCUUUCAUAGGUUUGAAAGGGGCUCAUGCACCUGUGGUGACUAUUGGUAGCUAAUAUU